AUGACUAGAUCUUCUUCUCAGCAUAAUGAUACUUCUAGUACUUCCAGCCGCGGCACUCAAGAUUCUGGUCGCACAUAUAAUUCUAAUCGUCGGUUGUCCGAGAGAGUAUCCGACCACAUUGAUGAAGACGGUCACGAUCAUAAGGUCCCUAACAAAUAUCCACCCUUGCGCACCAGAACCCGUCGGAGUGCGACUGUCCCAACUGAAGGACGUAAUUCCCUCUGGCGUCCGCGCCCUCGCAACGGCCUAGGCGUUGUGGCCGAAGACUCCCACUGGGACCCAGCAUUCAACAACAGAUACUUAUCCUCCUCACCCUCCUCCGAUGACGACAACCGCACUUACGACUCCUCCUCUUCAUCAUCAUCAUCAUCCACCACCGUAGCCCACUCACCAACCGAUUCCAUCCUCAUCGCAAGCUUCGACGAAGGCGCAAAUUGUCUCAAGCCACCUACCGACGACAGAAACACAACAACAACAACAACAGCAAGGCGACCCAUCUUGGCUCCACUGUACGCCGGUCCGGAAGAGACGUUCCCCAAUACGCCUCCUGUAGACGUCGUUCCCGAGCGCGAACCCGAGUGGGAUGGCCUGGCGAGGUCGGAACCCCCGUUUCAACCCAUGUUCAUGGGCAAGCACUUUGAUCCAAGGGAUCCGUAUCGGUAUGGACGGGGACCUGCUCGGGGUCGUGGGGGAGGUCGGUAGGCUUCUUUUUUGAUGGGGAGGUUAAAGGUGGGUUUGAUGGGCUAUAGUUCUUUGCUUUCAUGAUGUUGCUUUGUUAUAUUGGUGUUGGGUUGUGUUGGGUGGUUGGUUUGUUGGUAUUAUGCCUUGGACUGGACUGGUUUGGGGGAAACCAUAUACAAGAAAAGAAAAAAAAGGAAAAGAAAGCAUCAAGGGAAAAGGCAAAAAGUUGGUGUUGAUAGCAUGGCGUGGUAUGGCGUCGUUAUAUGGAUAUAUACAGGAUCUGAAGCAGAUCUUUUGGUCGGCCCGUGGGAUUCCAUUUCUUUCUCUUUUCUCUUUUUUUUUUUUUUUUUUUUUUUUUCUUCAUAUAGCACAGAAAGGUACGACGACGACGGGAUGGGAUGAUUUUUCUAGAUUUCAAAUUUCAAAAGUUCUUGCAACCUUAGGGUCUUCUUUCUUUUCUUUCUUUUUUUUCCUCCUCCUCCUCUUCUUUUGCAUUUUUUUUUCUUCUGUCGACCAUCACCCUCCAGAUAUACCCACUACUUUUGCUGUACUAUUUUCUUGCUUCUUGCUUCUUGCUAGACUAGUUAGUUAGUUAGUUAGUUAGUUACUUACUUACUUACUUAC